AAACAAUUUUUGUACACGCGUGUCCCCCAUCGCUUUCACCCCCUGGAAAACAGAAAGAAACCCCCUUUGCGUGGAUUUGCACGCGUACAUUUGUGGUCAGCUCGUUGCCAUCGCGGCGAUACUUCUGCCCUCGUCGCGCCAAGUGCAAUCUCUCUCCGCCCAGUGCGUGCAACUUCCAUCGCGUUCUGUGUCUGACGGGGGCUUUGAAGUGGCAAUUCGAGAACGAUAAACGGGACGCGCGCGUAUCAGUUAUUUUUAUCACGCGGUUGUGACAAAAGCUACGUGUUUUCGAACGACAGAUUGGAAGCAGAUUCCCACCGUGUCCAACAAUCAGGGGUUCUUCUCCGUAUCGCGCGCGCGUAUGUCUUGUCGCGGUCGUGUCUCAGUCGUAAGGCAGAAGGAAUCGAAUUAACAUCGGCCCCAGUUGUCGCUAUCCGUGUACCGUGCGCGUGAGAAUAUUUUAGUGAAAGUGUGUGCUAACGUUACAGUGGUGCCCGUUACUACGCCGUUCCGACAGCCAGCAUCGAUUUCGUGACAACACUUUGGCAAGGAAAGCGAUUUUCUUCCAGCCAGUCUGGUACGCAGACGGUUAUUGAUUUACGUGCAAGCUUGACAGCGGACGGUACGCUUCCAGUAUAGAACGUCAUCACCGGUGCACCACCAUCGUCUCAGCUGAAAAUGUCUGGAAAAAGUGUAAUGAACAAAUUCGUUAUAACGAAUAUUUCCCAACGGCUCGUACAAUGCAUGUACGUGUGCGUCUUCUAUCUGAUACUGGUUUGCAUGCUCGAUACGGCAGGCAUAGGGGCAGAUAAGAUGCCGCAGGAGGACAUUUCCGUCGUGACCGAGGUGGAUGAGCUGUCGCCGGACGGAAGCAGCAGCGUACCGACCGAAGGCAAGGGACUGCUUUCGUCCGACAUUGGGUUCGUGCACGCAUUUGCCGCCUCGUUCAUGGUGAUCAUCGUGUCCGAGCUCGGCGAUAAAACGUUCUUCAUCGCAGCCAUCAUGGCUAUGCGGCACCCGCGGUUGACCGUGUUUGCCGGUGCGAUCGCUGCCCUAGCCCUGAUGACGGUGCUCUCGGUGCUGUUCGGUAUGGCGGCCACCCUCAUACCGCGCGUAUACACCUUCUACAUCUCGACCGCACUGUUCGCCCUGUUCGGCAUUAAGAUGCUGUACGACGGGUACCACAUGUCAGCGACCGGGGCGGCCGAAGAGCUCGAAGAGGUGCAGUCAGAUCUGAGAAAACGCGAAGAUGAGCUUACCCGUUCCAUGAGCGGAAGCCGCAAGGAAACGGUCGAACUCGUGCCGCUCAGUGACACCGAAGAGCAGCGCGUGCCCCGCCGACAUGCCGGUUCCAAGCAUGGGUCCAUCCACUCGCUGGAGCAGCAGCAGCAGCUGAUCCACAACACAACGUCUUCCGGUGCGACGCUUCGGUUAUCUGCGUCCGCCGCCCAACUAACCACUUCCUCCGCCGCUAGCACCGGCCCACUUCAACAACACGCGUCCGUGUCUCGCAGCAAAUCUGGAAUCUCAGCCGAGCACGGUGUCCACGUGGGAGCCUCUUCCAUCGACACCGGGAACGGUCACAUAAUCGUUGCUGAUGACGGUGGUGCUGAUGUUAGCGCCGAAGCAGGAGGAGCAGGUGCAGAUGGAGGAUCCUCCACGACCAACGGUGGAGGAACAGUGCUGGAGUCUUCCCGCAGCAAGCUGCUACUGCUGGACAGUGGCGGCGAGCAGAGACAACGGCUACGAACACCGGCCAGCAGUAUUCACUCGAACGGAUCGGUUCAUCUGACCGCCGGAACGGCGCAGGAUGGUCAUCCCACCAACCUCACUUCGGUGGCGGCUGGCACGACGGCCAACGGUCCAGCUAAUCAGCAUAAAACGCACGAACGCGAGGUGAACGCCGGUGGCAGUCUGAUGGGCCAGGAUGCGGAAUCGGGCGGUAGCGCCAGCCGCCGGGGGACGGGCCGUGGACGGAACAACAGUGCGCUCAAGAUGCUGCUGCGCAUCUUCAUGCAAGCGUUCACGAUGACGUUCGUGGCGGAGUGGGGCGACCGGUCCCAGCUGACCACCGUCAUCCUGAGUGCGCGCGAAAACGUGUACGGUGUGAUCGCGGGCGGUAUCAUCGGACACUCGAUCUGCACCGGACUGGCUGUGAUCGGUGGGCGCAUGGUUGCCCAGCGAAUUUCCGUCCGAACUGUGACCCUCAUCGGUGGUGUUGUGUUCCUGAUCUUUGCCCUCAGCGCACUAGUCUUCGGUCCGGGCGAAGAAGAACCUAUCAAAGUGCCUAUUCCAUAAGGCGUAACGCUUACCGCUUGCUCUCACCUGUAUGUGGACUGGUUCCACCGAUCGCUUGUUUUCCGGUCAACUCACCACACACACACACACACACAUCCUAUUCCUUCCUUGUUAUUUGUUCGGGGGAUUUUGUGCAAGGAAACGGAUUUACGGACUUCGAAAUAAACUUCAGCUGGCAACUGACAAGAGGGACAAAUAAUUGUAAACAGCGUCUGUCCUCCUCGUCAAAUCUGUAUGUUAUAGUCUGUAAAUGAGCUAGACGAGCAAAGCACAAUAGCCGUUUCCGUGUGCCCUUCCGCGUUCCAUACCUUUCCCUCCCAUGUGUCCCUAUUUCACAACAAAACGUGUAAUUUCAAUGUGUGGCGACCUCUUCGGAGGGCUACGAGUACGAUUGUAUAAUAUUUAAAACGAAAGAACACCUGUUUGGGUCUUGCCUCAGCUACCAACCUGCAACCCGAGAUAUGGUUUUAGUGCGUAGGACGAAAAGUGUUGAAAGUGAAUUUGAUAGUGAGAAUAUACGGUAGGAGAGAGAGAGAGAGAUAGAUACCAUUCGAUACAAAAGAGGACAAAAAAAAGGCUAGAGCGUAUAGAAAAAGUAUUGUGUUUUUUGUUUUAAAUAUAUUUUAAGCAUAUUCCUUCAAGUGUGUCCUUAUCGUACGAUUAUAGUUCCAGUGUAAAGAGAUUAAAAUUCGUCAAAGAAACGUUAAAAUUCCACAAAGUAUCAGAACCACUCUGCUCUUCUUCUUCAUGCAUCAUGCAACCGCUUAGCCGAAUCGAAUACAGAAUCAUUAGUGGAGGUGCGAUAGACGAAGGGAUACGAAGGUGUGAGGUAUAGAAAGAGAAGCUGACCUGUGUAAAAAUGGAAAAAAUACUAUUACUACCUGUUAUUGGGAUUCA